AAAAUCGGAACCGCAUCAAGAAUUCGCUUUGUCAUUUACUUAUUUUCGCCUCAUAGCUCGUAAACAGUUUUUGGAGUAGUUUAAUUUCACAGGAAAAUUGUAAUUUGUUGAAUACAAACUUAAUACUUCCGUUGGUGACUAUUUUGAUAAACAUCUUUCUAUCAUGGAAUGCUCAAAUGACUGGAGAACCGCUCCCCACAGCACCGGUACCACAAUAAUGGCCGUGGAAUUCGACGGCGGAGUUGUCAUCGGUGCGGAUUCACGUACCAGUACUGGUACUUACGUAGCAAAUCGCGUUACAGACAAAUUGACCAAGCUUACUGACAACAUCUAUUGUUGCCGUUCCGGAUCUGCAGCUGAUACGCAAGCAAUUGCUGACAUUGUGGCAUAUUCGCUGUAUUAUCAUGAAAAUCAAACAGGAGAACAGUCUUUGGUGUCGGAUGCCGCCAGUGAGUUCCGUCAGUAUUGCUACAAUUACCGGGAUUCACUUUCUGCUGGAAUUAUAGUAGCUGGAUGGGAUAAAAAAUUCGGUGGUCAGGUUUAUUCUGUUCCGUUAGGAGGAAUGCAAAUUCGUCAAAGUGUUACCAUCGGCGGCUCGGGAAGCUCAUACAUCUAUGGCUUUGUUAAAGAACACUACCGAGAGGGAAUGCCGAAGGACGAAUGUGUUGAAUUUGUCAAAAAAUCUGUUUUUCACGCAAUGUACCAUGAUGGCAGUUCGGGAGGAGUUUGUCGUAUAGGAGUCAUUACUAAAGACGGUGUGGAGCGUCAAGUUUUCUUUGCUCCUCGUGAUUAUGAGAACGUCGACGCGAUUAAAGCCGGACCCUCAGUUGCAUUAAAAGCUUAAGAUCAUCAACGAACGUAUGAAUAAGAUUAAUUUCUGAUUUAUUAAAAAGGGUUGAGAAAAAACAAACGAA